AUGUCGAAAAAGGCGGUUGUGACUGACAAGGCUCCAAAAGCCCUUCCGGGAAUCUACAGCCAGGCCAUCGUGGCGAAUGGAUUGGUCUUCUGUUCCGGCUGUGUUCCGAUGGAUGCCGAAACCAUGCAAUUGAUUGAUGGAGAUAUCCAAGCUCACACGCAUCAAUGCAUCAAAAACCUGGGAGCCGUUCUCCAAGCUUCCGGGUCUAGUCUGGACCACGUGGUCGAAGUCAAUGUUUUCCUGGCUGAUAUGGGCGAUUUCGCCAAGAUGAACGAGGUAUAUACCCAAUACUGGGGCGAAGUGAAGCCGGCGAGAACAUGCGUGGCGGUAAAGACCCUGCCUCUUAACACGGAUGUUGAGAUUAAAUGUGUCGCGGUGCUAAAGUAA